GUCGCCAAGGCGGGGACCCAGAGCACACGCCAUGUCUUGCUUCAGCCGCCCAAAAUACAAGACCGGGGACCUGGUGUUUGCCAAAUUAAAGGGCUAUGCCCAUUGGCCAGCGAGGAUUGAACAUGUCACUGAACCCAACCGCUACCAGGUGUUCUUCUUCGGGACCCAUGAGACCGCCCUGCUGGGCCCCAAGCACCUUUUUCCUUAUGAGGAGUCCAAGGAGAGGUUCGGCAAGCCUAACAAGAGGCGCGGCUUCAGUGAGGGGCUGUGGGAGAUCGAGCACGACCCUAUGGUUGAGGCCUCCCCUUGCCUGUGCCCAGAUGAGGAGCAGCUUUGUGCCGAGGAGCCAGGGCCAGGAGAGGAGCCAGAGCCGGGGCAGGAGCUGGAGCCGGAAUCCAGGCCUGAGCUGGAAUCCAUGCCUGAGCUGGAGGCAGAACCGAGGCCUGAGAAAGAGUGUGAGCAGGAGCCGGAGCAGGAGCCGGAGCAGGAGCCGGAGCAGGAGCUGGAGCAGGAGCCGGAGCUGGAGCCGGAGCCGGAGCCGGAGCCGGAGCCGGAGCCCGAGCCCGAGCCGGAGCCGGAGCCCCAGCCUGCCUAUGACCUACUGGAUGCCAAGGAGGAGCCUGGCCUCAUUGAGGCCGAGCCAGGAGAUCAGCAAGCCGAGCAAGUGCGAGAGCAGCACGCUGAAGCUGAGGUCAUGGCUGUAGUGGAGGAGCCGGAGAGUCUGAAGAGGAGCGCGGAGGAUGAACAGCCUCACAGUCCUCCCAAACGGCCCAGGGAGGCGGCGCCUGGCGCGCUGGAGAUGGAGCCGGCUGGAGAGCGCGAGGCAGAGGCCUGCCCCUUCGUGGAGGAGCCUGACCAAGCCCAGGAACAGCAGACUCCGUUGGAAGAAGAGGCCACAGAGGAGGCAGUCCAGGGCCUGAUGGUUGGAGAAAUCGAAGGCCUGUAGUCACGGUGUCUGUAAAAGAGCCCUCUCUACCCGUUCCUGGUGCCACCUGGCUGUGGCUUGGGAAACCCGCUAGGGCCCAGUCUUAACCCAGUCCACCUUUCCUUCAUUCACUCACCUUCUCCAAGCCCAAAUUCCUGGCAUGAUGGGACAGGCCAGUUAACAUCAACUUUGUGGCUUAAAUUGAGGCCACCCUUCCCACCCUAAACACCGGCAUUCUGGACCUCUGCCUAAAAACCACGAGUGAAUGGGGUGGGAGAUAAAGAGCAGGGACAACAUUCAAGGGUCUGGGAGGGGCAGUCUGUAAACUAUGGCUUUGCUAGUCUACCCCACACCUACCUUGAGUGCCUGUCUCGUCCUUCCAUAAUUUCUUUCCCAGUUUUAUACGUUUGGGGAAAGUGAGACAGCAGAGUUCAGCAAAGAUUUUUGUUGUCCUGGGCACUUUUAUUUUCUUUUUUACUAAAGCACUUGGGGCUCCCAAGUCAUAAGAUCUGAAGACUGCCUGCCCUUUUGGGUUGAAGAGGUGAGACAUUAUCCUCUUCACAUCUCUUGGGCCACUGAUGGAUGCCCUCAGGAGACUUCUGCUGCUGCUUUGAACCCACCCUGAAGCCCCAAGCUUUUAGUCAUACAUAUAUCACUUAGGCAUAAGAAUACUUUAGAAACCAUCUUUAUUUUAAGAGUAAUUUUAUUACAUUUAGAACAACCUUCGGUGUGACUCCUAGUUUUCCUAUGGCCAAUCUCAUAGCCCUUUUUGUUUGGGGUUUGAUGACCUGCUUGUUGUUAAGGCUUUGUUUUCCUUAAGGUGCUAUUUCUAUCUGCAUGUCAGCACCUGGGCCCCUCAGUGUUGUCACCUACUGCAAAAUGUACUGAGAAGUUGAGUGUCCCUUCCCAGCCUCUUCUGUCUCUAUGUACCUUUGUACCUGUAACCCCUUGGCCCUGCUCUUUCCCGUUGGGCUCUGAUGAAAAAAAAAGAUAGCUAUACCUUUGGAGGUUUAGAUCUGAGAACCGUAGACUAUUUCAAUUCUAGGAAAUAAAACCGUUGAUUACUUUAAAA